GAGGUGGAGGUGCUGCCCGUGCUGAUGGCCGGGGAGGCCGGCAGGGGUAAGGGCGGUGGAGGCAGCCGGGGCUAGACCACCACCCCGAGCCCUCUCCGGCCUCCCCCGUCGCUGUCGCUGCCCCCCUGAGGCGAAGGCGGCGGGAGCCGCCACGGGUGGCGGACUCGGUGCCGCUCUGGAGGGCCGGGCCGAAGGCGCUGCCCCCGUUCCCGCCCCGGUUAUGAAACCGCGGGGGAGGGGCCAGGGCCGGCCGCCGGCCGCGGCGGUGCCGGGAGAGCCGAGGCCGCGGGAGCGCAGUUUUCCUCUCUGUGUUCUGGUUAGAAGUGUAUGACAGUCUUACCUUCCAUGUUUUUUGCUUUCAGUGGUCAGACAGAAUGGCUCCAGUGAACCAGCCAAAGGACAAGAAGCAUGAGAGAGCAUGUCAGCAGUGGCCAGAAGAGGCAAAAUCAGCUGGGAAGAGGAAACGGGACUAUGGAGAAAGAGGGAAUGAGAAACAAGAAAAGAAGUUGUUUGUGAGAAAAACAUCUAAACCUUCAGGGAAAAUUGGUUGCAGUGGAAGUGGAUUUGUGAUGAGAAACAAGAGAGUCCUUCCCUCUCAGCUGGAGCGGCGAUGCAGCAUUGUUCAUUAUGUCUACCAGAAAAUGCUGGGAGGCUCCAUUCAGGCACAGCUCAGGCAGAGAUUGGAGCUGGCUUUUCUGCAUUCUCUUUCCUCGUACUGCCUCUUCCGAAGAGCAAGUCCCUUUGACAGGAGAGUGACAUGUCUGGAAUGGCACCCAACACACCCCAGUACGCUAGCUGUCGGUUCCAAAGGUGGAGACAUCAUCCUUUGGGACUGUGAAGUACUUGCUAAAACCUGCUUCAUAAGGGGGAAAGGGCCAGGAGAUUCUCUCGGAGACAUCAAGUUCAGUCCUUUUGAGGCAGAGAAGCUUUAUGUGGCAUCAGGUGAUGGCACCCUAAGUCUGCAGGAUCUUGAGGGCAGAGCGGUGCAGGUGAUCUCUCGUGCCCUGGACUGUGGCCAUGAGCAUCAUAAUGUUUGUUGCUGGUACUGCAGUGUGGACGUUUCUGCAAGCUGCCGUGUAGUGGUGACAGGUGAUAAUGUGGGCAACGUGGUCCUGCUCAGCACUUCUGGUGAAGAGAUCUGGAAGCUGAAAUUGCACAAGAAGAAAGUGACUCAUGUAGAGUUUAACUCCCGAUGUGAGUGGAUGUUUGCCACAGCAUCCGUGGAUCAGACAGUCAAAAUCUGGGACCUCAGAAACAUCAAAAACAAAACAAACUUUCUUCAUCUGCUUCCACAUGAGAAACCUGUCAAUGCAGCUUACUUCAGCCCAACCCAUGGUGCCAAGCUUCUGAGCACAGACCAGCACAAUGAAAUCAGGGUUUACUCAUCUUCAGACUGGACCAAGCCACAGCAUCUGAUUCCACAUCCACAUAGGCAGUUUCAGCACCUCACACCUAUUAAGGCAACGUGGCAUCCUCGCUAUGACCUCAUUGUCGUAGGUCGCUACCCAGACCCCAAGUUCCCUGGGUACACGCUGAAUGAGCUGCGAACUGUGGAUGUGUUCGAUGGCAACACAGGCCAGAUGGUUUGUCAGCUCUAUGAUCCAAAUGCUUCUGGCAUCAUCUCGCUCAAUAAAUUUAACCCUAUGGGAGACACACUGGCUUCUGGCAUGGGCUUUAAUAUUCUGAUCUGGAACCAGGAGGAGAUGGCAGCCAAGAAGCAUGAACGUCUUUUGAAAGCCAUGACAGACACAGAGAUGGAACCAUGAGAGAACAAGGGAUUGGAAGCUGGAAUUCAUCCAGACAUGGAGGGCAGAGGCAGGCAAACCCUGGCACAAGCAAACUCAAAAGCUAAGUUAAUGUCUGGGGAGCUGGAGGACUUGAAAACAAAAAGCAGUGAUUCUAAAUCCCGAGGAAGGAAGCAAAAAGAGAUGGAUCUAGAGAACUGAUUUAGUAUUUUGAUCCUUUCUGAAUCCCAGGGUACAAACUCAGUUGUUGCAAUAAGCAGUAUAAGCCAUACAAAGAAUUAGACUUUAUCCUUCUUCCUUGGAUCUGAUUUUGCUUCCCUGAUCCUCUUAGCCUCCCUUUCUAGAAAGUUGUGUCAGUAUUUGGUUCCUCCAAGUGGAGUUACUACUUGUUUUCUGAGGCACUAGGAAAAGAUCUUGCUGAAGUUACUGCUUUCAGCCUACCAAACCUGUUUGUCAUCACUUGUCAGAGGUUUCUAUUUCCUGUAGUCUGCAGUGGAGCAGCUCAUGACUGGAUCCCCAGCCUGUUUUAGUCCAACCAAGUUGAGAAACCAUUUGCUAGCAGGAUUGACAUGCUGAAAAGAUAGAAUGUUCACAGGGGUGAAGUCAUGGAUAGCUUGGCUAUCCUAGGAAACACCAAGCUCUCCCAAAUGCAAACUUGGAAAAUGUGUUUGUUAAGACGUCUUAGCCUGUUCUCUGCUUGCAGCUGUUUAACUGGACCACAAAGAACAGGAUGCCAGAGGUUUCUAUCAUUGAUUGCAGGGACAGUAUGGAGCUGGGCACCUUUCAGAGUUCUAGGCUGUUUCUUGCCAAUGAUUAGGUAAUUUUUUUCACCCAUGCCUAUGUGCUUCAGAAUGUUUGAUAAGAGUGUUAAAAGCAGAAAUGAGGGAUUUCUUCCAAAUACUUCUGCUCAGAGUGAAAUCUCAAGACUGUUGUUAAACAGUUAAGUUUUGCUUUUUCUAGUUUGUUUACAAGGCUGCCUGGGGCCUUGCUGCUGUCCCAGAGGUUGAUGGGAUGCGUUCCAAGCCUGUGCAGAUUCUUCACAUUCAUCUUUAUAGUUUUGCAAUAUUAAUAUCAAUAAAAUUUUGUACUAAACCAACAUUCUUCGAUAGAGUGGCUGCUUUGCGGAUACUGCUGAACUGUUUUUGUAGGGGAGAAGUUUGAGACCUUUCUCCAGGAGGUCUAUCAGACGUACAACCAUGGUAGGAGUACCAGUCAUAGUACUGGCUGUGCAGAGGACCCCUCCAAGUUGGGCAGGAUGCAUCAUCAGCUGUAUCUAUGCAUAGUUGCUGCAGUCCAAACCAGUUUAUGUCAAAUCUCCCUGUGCUAUGUGUGGGAUUGUGAAACAGGGAAUUCCUUUGGGGGGGGGUAUGCUGCAGUAAGUUCUGCCUGCUUUCCAACACUGAGCACACUGGUGCUAACUCCUAGAGAAGAAGCGUAGAGUUCAGUGCGAAAUUGAUUUUAAUAAUGAAAUGUAUUGGAACAAGUACAGAAAGUCAUUCACAGUCAAAAUGUCUAAAUCAUCAUAGAAACCUUUUCUGUGUGUGUGCAAAAUUUGUUUUUUUU